CCGUACGCCUGCUUCGUCGUCCUCCUCGUAUUAAUCAUCAUCUCCACCUCUCCCACCCCACCUCCUCCUCCUCCUCCUCCUCGGAUUCAGAAGACAGAGCCGCUCCCUCGCCUUCAGUCUUCCCACAUUCUCGCAGCCAGCUAGAAGAUGGCAGAAGCUGAGGAUAUUCAGCCACUCGUUUGCGAUAAUGGAACUGGGAUGGUCAAGGCUGGAUUUGCCGGUGAUGACGCACCAAGGGCCGUCUUCCCUAGCAUUGUUGGGCGUCCUCGUCAUACCGGUGUGAUGGUUGGCAUGGGUCAGAAAGAUGCAUAUGUUGGUGAUGAGGCCCAAUCCAAGCGUGGUAUCUUGACACUGAAGUACCCCAUUGAGCAUGGGAUUGUUAGCAAUUGGGAUGACAUGGAGAAAAUAUGGCAUCACACUUUCUACAAUGAACUUCGUGUUGCCCCAGAGGAACACCCUGUUCUCCUGACUGAAGCUCCUCUCAACCCCAAAGCUAACCGUGAGAAGAUGACCCAGAUUAUGUUUGAGACUUUCAACACUCCUGCUAUGUAUGUCGCAAUCCAAGCUGUCCUUUCCCUUUAUGCAAGUGGUCGUACAACUGGUAUUGUGUUGGAUUCUGGUGAUGGUGUUAGUCACACGGUGCCAAUCUAUGAGGGUUAUGCCCUCCCUCAUGCCAUUCUCCGUCUUGACCUGGCUGGGCGUGAUCUCACCGAUCAUUUGAUGAAGAUUCUUACCGAGCGUGGAUACUCCUUCACUACCACAGCUGAGCGUGAAAUUGUGAGAGACAUGAAGGAGAAGUUGGCUUAUAUAGCCCUGGACUAUGAGCAGGAGCUUGAGACCUCCAAGACCAGCUCAAGCGUUGAAAAGAGCUAUGAGUUGCCGGACGGUCAAGUCAUUACUAUCGGGGCUGAGCGAUUCCGAUGCCCGGAGGUUCUCUUCCAGCCGUCCAUGAUCGGAAUGGAAGCUGCUGGAAUCCAUGAGACCACUUACAAUUCCAUCAUGAAGUGCGAUGUGGAUAUCAGGAAGGACCUGUAUGGAAACAUCGUCCUCAGUGGUGGUUCCACCAUGUUCCCCGGUAUUGCAGACAGAAUGAGCAAGGAAAUCUCAGCACUAGCACCGAGCAGCAUGAAGAUCAAGGUUGUGGCUCCUCCUGAGAGGAAGUACAGUGUCUGGAUUGGUGGUUCUAUCUUGGCAUCUCUUAGCACAUUCCAGCAGAUGUGGAUUGCAAAGGCAGAGUAUGAUGAAUCUGGACCUUCGAUUGUGCACAGAAAGUGCUUCUAACUUUUCGAGGAUAAGGUCAUCGAGGGAAGAGAUUACUGUCCUUUUUAGAAAGAAACGCAACUCGCUGCUCUUUCUGAUUCUACUUUUGUAUCCCCUUUUGAUUAGAUCUUGAGAAGGCAAUACUUGAUUGCCAAAAUCAUUUCCUUUUCAUCAUUCAGUUGAUAUGAAGUCCAGGAUUCUUGUCAUGCAUUUAUCUUAUAAAAGCCAAGCCUUUUCUAUUGUUCUGUAUAA